UAGUGUUACGUGAAAAUGAAUUCAAGUGAUGACACCUGUUUCUCAAAUGCAUGUGUAUAUUUUAUGGGUUUGAGUCCCUGAUUGAGCCGUGCGACUUCUGAAAAUUACUCCUAAGCAUUUAGUUUUCCACUUGAUAGGCUCUGACAUCAUCAGAUGGUGUACGGUGAAGAACUUGACUGGACUUGUCCGAUCUGAGAGAGGUCAGGGUUAAAUUGUGUCGUGGAGGACGUUGGAUAUAUAAUACCAUAACCGGCAAUCUGAAGACAUGCGGGUGUAUGUAGUUCAGAGGGAGAAGUCUAAUAAUGGGUCUUGGAAGAAAUUACUUCCAGCUUUGAUGUUAUGAAGAUCAGAAGAAUCUUACGCCUACCGGAUCUGCGAUUUUGGAAGUGGCUAUUUAAAAUGGACCUCUAUGUAGAAUAACUUAUUUUGCGGUGAAUGUGAAUUGCUUGGCCUUGAGCUCUUUUUAGUUAAACUUCGAAAUUGUGAAUAGGCCUAAAUACAAAUUUAAAGCAAAUAGAGCUACAUUUAAAUAAUAUAGAUUUCGCCCGUUUGUAAAUGCUAUCGUAACCAUGAGUGAGAUGGAGAGGAAACGUCCAGGCAUUGCUGGAAAAGAAAAAGGACCAGGGCCCGGGCGAUAUGUCCUACCACCAAUGAUUGGAUUUGUAGGCCAUGAUUUUACAAAGUUGACUAGUCCUGCUUACUCUUUUCACGGCAGAACGAGUGACAAUAUGUACAGCAUAGACAUCAAUCCAGGGCCGAAAUAUCAUAUUGAUGCAAAACUUACUCGUUUUGGAAGGGAUGGCACCCCAGCCUAUUCCAUACAUGGAAGAAUGAAAAAUCGAGCAGGAUUUUUCUGCACUCCAGGACCAGGAGCAUACAGCCCCGAGAGGGCAGCUCUUGGCAGCACCCAUCGCAAACCACCAUCCUACACCAUGGGCUACCGCACUCAGUAUCGCUCUGUCGACGCCGUACCCGCCCCAAACAAAUACAACCUUCCUUCACUCAUGGGCUCCCACGUCCUGACCAAGACAUCCAGUGCCAGUUACACCAUCUCUGGAAGAUCCAAAACCGGGGGUCAUGCUGAGGACUUGUCUAAAACUCCAGGCCCUGGCAGAUAUAACAGCACAGAUCCCAGCAUCUAUCAACCAAAACAACCAGCUUUCUCUAUGCUUGGUAGACACGCGAACACGAGAGAGUCCACGUUAGUACCAGGUCCUGGAAGUCACAACCCUGAGAAAGUGACAGUGCACAAACCUAGACCCCCUGCUUUCUCUUUAGGCAUCAGACAUUCAGAGUUUGUAACCCCUUUAGUUUUAGAUUAGUCAAGUAGUUUGUACCUGUGAGUACAGAAUAUGACUUUUAAUGUAAUAAUUAGUGUUUUUCUUACAUUUA